GGCGGCGCCGGGCGGUUCCGGGAGGGCCGGAGCGGAGCGGGCGCGAUGUUGGUGCUGGUGCUGGGUGACCUGCACAUCCCCCAUCGCUGUAACAGCCUCCCGGCCAAGUUCAAGAAGCUGCUGGUGCCUGGCAAGAUCCAGCACAUCCUGUGCACGGGGAACCUCUGCACCAAGGACACCUAUGACUACCUCAAGACCCUGGCUGGGGAUGUCCAUGUUGUCAGAGGGGACUUUGAUGAGAACCUGAAUUAUCCUGAGCAGAAGGUUGUGACUGUUGGACAGUUCAAGAUUGGGCUGAUUCAUGGCCAUCAGGUGAUCCCCUGGGGUGACAUGGCCAGCCUGGCCCUGCUCCAGAGGCAGUUCGAUGUGGACAUCCUCAUUUCAGGGCACACACACAAAUUUGAGGCAUUUGAACAUGAAAAUAAAUUCUAUAUCAACCCAGGAUCAGCUACAGGAGCCUACCAUGCCUUAGAGAACAACAUCAUUCCUUCAUUUGUGCUGAUGGACAUCCAGGCUUCUACAGUAGUUACAUAUGUCUAUCAACUAAUUGGAGAUGAUGUGAAGGUAGAAAGAAUUGAGUACAAGAAAUCCUAAAAAAUGUUUUUGCUUGUCUGGCAUUUUUACCAUCUCCUUCUGAACUGCAAGUUCCAAACUUGCUUGCUCGUUUACAGCCCUGCACUGUCUCUAACAGCUCAAAAAUGUAACUUCUUGUCAUGAAUUUAAACAACCUUGUGUUUGCUUUUCUCUGUAUGAUUUGUAAAAUAUUCCAUGAAGAUAACUGUCUGAAUACUGUUCCUUAAUGUAAUAAACUGCACUUCAUAGAAAA